GCCAAUCAGCGGUGGCUGGACGUUCCAAGCGGGGAAGCUUUGAGCGUGUGGUGUCGGUGGGGAACCCUCGGAGCUCAGACCCGGCCACCGCCUGCUCCCCCGACCAUGCUGCUGAACAAGAAGAAGGAAGCGGGCGCCCGAAGAGCAACGCACUCGGUGCUGAGCGAGGAGACGGUGAUCGCCGUGGAGUUCAGCCCUUUCGACAGCUGCGACGCCGGCACCCUCAUCGCCUACGGAGGGGACAACUACGUGGUGGUGGGCAGCUGUCGCUUCCAGGAAGAAGAUGCGGAUGUUAAAGGUAUGGAGUACAAGACCCUGCAGACCUUUUACAGAGGAGUACGUGUGGGUGCCAUUGCCUGGAGCCCAGAGACAAAGAUUGACACACUGGCGCCCCUGGUAAAGUUAUGCACAGCGGACACCGACAGGAAGUUACGGCUACUGACUUCUGAUCUGAAAGGCAGCACGUGGAAGGUCAUUGAAGGUCACACAGAUUACAUCAACGACCUGGUCUUCGAGCCCAUCAAUGGUAAACAGGUAGCGAGCGUGAGUGACGACCACACAUGCCGUAUCUGGGACCUCGAUGGAAAUCAAAAGACUUCAUUUCUGCUUCACUCUCCGGGAAUGAGCUUGUGUUGGCACCCUGAAGAAGUCUUCAAGCUGAUGGUGGCAGAGAAGAACGGGACCAUCCGCUUUUACGAUCUGGUGACGCAGCAGGCCAUUCUGUCACUGGACUGUGGGCAGAUGCCGCUGAUGUCGGCUGACUGGUGUCUAGGGAACACGAUUAAAGUUGGCGCAGUAGCGGGGAAUGACUGGCUGAUCUGGGACAUCACCCGCUCCAGUUAUCCCCAGGAAAAACGACCAUCGCACUUAGAUGGAGCUCAGAGAUUUCGGUGGUCAAAAACAAAUGAAAAUCUUUUUGCAACAAUUGGCUACCCUGGCAAGAUGGACAGUCAACUCCUUGUGCACCAUUUAGGUCAUCCACAGGCGAUCCUAGUCGGCUCUGCCCCUGUUGCUUCAGGAAUAAGCUGGCAUCGGACACUCCCAUUAUGUGCCAUCGGCGGAGAUCGGAAUGUUUUAUUUUGGAUGACGGAAAUGUAGAGAAGAUCCUUUUUGUCUGUUCAUUCACACUGUGGAACAUCUUAAAUGUGAGAUUUGUUGCUGUGCAGGGAGCUGGUACAGUCUCGGUACCAAAGCACCUCAUCUGCUCCAUUCGAGAAGGCCUCAAUUUGAAACAUUAAAGUUCUUGUUUUUUGUGAAUCUCACAUUGGCACACAACUUACCUUUAUGCCACACCUUUAAUAUUAAUGAAGCAGCCCGUGGUGUUCAUGCAGACCAAUGAGACAAAGAGGCAGAUGAUGUAAACACAAGAGCUCAGAAUCAGGUUUAUUAUCACCAGCAUGUGACGUGAAAUUUCUUAACUUAGCAGCAGCAGUUCAAUGUAAUACAUAAUCCAGCAGAGAGAAAAAUAAUAAUAAAUAAAAAGUAAAUCAAUUACAUAAUUUGAAUAGGUUAAAAAAAGUGCAAAAACAGAAGUACUGUAUGUUGAAAAGAAGUGAGGUAGUGUCCAAAGAUUUAAUGUCCAUUUAGGAUGGUGGAGGGGAAGAUGCUGUUCCUGAAUCACUGCGUAUGUGCCUUCAGGCUUCUGUAUCUCCUACCUGAUGGUAAUAGUGAGAAAAGGGCAUGCCCUGGGUGCUGGGGGUCCUUAAUAAUAGAUGCUGCCUUUUUGAGACACCACUCUCUGAAGAUGUCCUGGGUACUUUGUAGGCUAGUGCCCAAGAUGGAGCUGACUGGCUUUACAACCUUCUGCAGCUUCUUUUGGUCCUGUGCAGUAGCCCCUCCAUACCAGACAGUGAUGCAGCUUGUCAGAAUGCUCUCCACAGUACAACUAUAGAAGUUUUUGAGUGUAUUUGUUGACAUGCUAAAUCUCUUCAAACUCUUAAUAAAGUAUAGCCAUUGUCUUGUCUUCUUUAUAACUACAUUGAU